UGAUGAGGAAGUCAGUCCCACAGAGGAAGGAUCAGCCUGUCUCUGGUCUGUCCAACAUGUCUCACUCUGUGCGUCUCACUCUGUCCUGUCUCACUCCGUCCUGUCUCUCCGCCUGCUCCUCUUCCUCCAUGCGUCUCUCAGUCCAGGUGUGGCAGGGUCGGCAGCAGUGGCCCGUUCCGUACAGACGCUUUGAUAGUCGCCCUGACGUGGAUUCUUACUGCGAAGCUCUCUACCCGUUCUGUCCCACCGGAGACCGAGACGGACGGAUUCCCUACAUGAGAGACAGCGACGUCAUCUCGGUUUAUCGGCUGCAAACGCCCGUGUGGGAGUUCAAGUAUGGAGACAUGCUGGGGAAAUUUCAUAUCAUGCACGAUGCCGUCGGGUUCAGCAGCGCAGAGACGGGAGCCAACUACACCAUGGAGUGGUACGAGCUCUUUCAGCUGGGUAACUGCACCUUCCCUCACCUGAGGCCAGAGGUGGCGGCACCUUUCUGGUGCAACCAAGGAGCCGCCUGCUUCUUUGAAGGCAUCGAUGACGAACACUGGUCCCAGAACGGCACCUUGGAGAAACUCGGAGAGAUCACAGGGAACCAGUUCAACGACAUGGCCGAGUGGGUUCAAAGCGACAACGAGACCGGGAUCUACUACGAGACGUGGACAGUUCGCUCCGACCCCAGCCCCAACACCACGGUGUGGUUCGAGUCUUACGACUGCUCCCAGUUCGUCCACCGCACGUACAGGAAGCUGUCCAAGCUGGGAGCCAAACUGUCGAGCAGAACUCAGACCAAUUACACCAAGAUCUACCUGUUCAGCGGAGAGCCCACCUACCUAGGCAACGACAGCGCCAUAUUCGGGCAGCCCGCUCUGAAGAACCUGGCCAUGGACAUCCGUAAAUUUUACUACACGUUCAGACCGCACCAGUCGAUCGUGGACUUCGCCUUGAGUCUGCUGGAGGCUUACACAAAGGUGGUGUUGGACAAGAGCUUCUACCUCUACUACAACUUUGAGUACUGGUUUCUGCCGAUGAAGCCUCCCUACGUGCAGAUCACGUACGAAGAAGUGCCUUUGCCUUAACGUCGAACUUUUACUGCAGUGUUUUCAUCGAGGUUCAUUAAUAAUUAAGCUGAUUUUUGUUUCUUUGUUUUUGCUUUUUGAUUAAAGGAUUGUCCGAAAGCCAAAAAUGUUAAUUAGUAGUAAGUAAGUAUGUUCUCUGCACAGGGGUGGUUAAUUUGGUGCACACCUACAAGUCAGUUUUCUUUAUAUAGCACCACAAAAGUUAUCUCAUGACAGCAGCAAUGCUGUGCUUUACACCUGACGUAUCUUGCAGGAUCUCGUAUUCAGGUGCAAAGUUGAGUCUAGGCGUCACAAUUCACAAAGACAAAAGGAGCUGGAU